ACCUGGCUCGUCUGCCAUGCAAUUUGCCACUUUGUAACACUCCCGAUUAGUGCCAUAGUGAAUUGCUAGUAAAACAUAAACAGUUACAAAACUACCCCCUCCCCACAAAACGGUUAUCACGAGCCGGCCGGCGUUUCUUUCUGCCUGCUCAUUACAAAGUUGUGGUUUAUACCGUGCGGUUGUGUGUUCCUGAAUUAGUAAAUCAGUGUGAUAAUAGUUUUAGUGAUGGCAAAUAUUAUUGACGUGGAUAUGGAUAUGGAUACCUGCGAACCAGACAGCACAGUGGAAAUCAUCGAAGUGGAGGAAGAGACAUUGCCAGAGGAGCGAACACCCCUGCAAGCUCUGAAUCAUGAGCUUGUGGAGAGGCAGCAUAUGUGUGCAGCUAUGGUGGCGGCUAGCAUUCGAGACAGAGAUCGCGUCCGCACCCAACUAGUGGAAGCCCGAAAACGACGCGCGAGCGUCACGACGGACUAUCUACAGGUGAUGCAGAUGAGUAAAAACGCCACCCGAAGCCUCGCGGACGUUAAAGCUUCGCUUAAGGACGCAAUGACAAAGCGCGUUGCAUUGCUGAAAGAAAUCGAAACUGAAAAGAUGUGGAGACCACCGAGCGCUGAAAUGAGUUUAAAAAAGCAACAGGAGCUAAAGGAAAGAGUGGAACAUAUGAGAGCUAUUUUGGGUAUGGGAAAAAUACGCACUCCCGAUGAUUGAUGACUUUGUAAUGAGGUCGAUUACAGAAAAGGGUAUGUACUUUUACACUCUCUUUUUACUAGUCUAAAGUUAUUAGUCGCAGACAAUGAUUUACGUAUGUAAAUAAUAAAUUGUAAUUAUUUUAGUUCAUUCAUUAAGAUAGUCAUUCUAAUCUAAAUAUCUUGUCAAUUUAAUGUAAGUAGAUAGAUAGGUACUAGUCUUAAAAUGUAAGUCACAAUAACUUCUCUCUAUGUCGUUUUUUCGUCAUGAUAUAUCAUUACAUAUUGAUUAUCAAAUGGGUGAAUCAACUUUUUCUUGCUUGUUAUUGCCAUGAUUACAUAAUUUGGCAUAAAACCAGCGUGACUCAGGGGACCGUAACCAUGGCAAUAACAGGCAAGAAAAAGUUGAUUCACCCAAAUAGGUAAUUAUUGACAAUUAACCAUUUUUGACAUGAAAGAACGGAGAAAUUGUGACAAACUACUGUGAUCGUCCGUUUGUCCUUGACAUUUUUAUGUAAUAUAAUGUUACGCUUGCUACUAUCGUGUUAUGCACGAAGACGCGUGCCUUGGGUGAUACUAUCAUGCCAACAAAGAUUAGAUUUUUCAAAUUCACGCGUCAUCGUGAAUGAUACGACCCGACCUAUUAAUAUUUUAAAGUAAUUUAAUGAUAUAAUGAUGUAUCGCAACUUGACUACAGAAAAUGUAUACGUAUAACUAGUCUAAAUAUAUUAAAAAACGGUUAACUUGAAGUGAUGUGGUGCUAAGUCAUAUAAUAUUGUUUUAUAAAAUGUACUGCUCUCUUCCGUGUAGUGUUAUAGAGUAAGAAGUACAUUUGCCCUGUGAUUCUUAAUUUUAAGUCGCAGAAAGCCAUAGGUAACUAUGUUAACAAUUAAUAUGAUUAUAUUUUUUAAUAGCAAGAUAGUGAAGUACCUAAUUAACUAAGUCUGACACGUUACAGUCGUGUAGGUGUUUUUGAUAAGACAAUUAUAUUUUCCCCUCACUAGCUCGGAAACACGUGUUUUGUCCUUUAAUACCAGCGGGUAAA